UGUGCCAGAAACCCUAGUGAGGUCAUCUCCACUAGACUGAGAGACAUGCUCCACACCUUCAUCCAGCACUACCAGGGACCAUGGGAAGAGAACCGCAGCCUAGACAGAGCGAGAGGAGUGAAGUUCUCCAGCCAGACAGAGGCUUUGUACUACAGGGUUCUAGAGGCUGUCAUCAAUCAGGAGAGGAAGAGGCUGGGAGCCAAAGACCUUUCAGGCAUCUUGGAGCAUGAUCUGUUCCAGCGCUCUCUAGUGGCCUGUUGUCUGGAGAUGGUCAUCUUCUCCCAUCAGCCACCAGGCAGCUUCCCCCUGGUCAUUGACAUCUUUAGCCUGGCGCCAUACGACUUCUACAAGGUGAUAGAGCUGGUGCUGCGGGCUGAGGAGGGCUUGCUGCCGGGUGUGGUCAGGCAUCUGACCCAUAUAGAGGAGCAGGUCCUGGAGAGUCUGGCCUGGAGGAGAGACUCACCACUCUGGGACCAGAUCAGAGCUGCUAAGGGACAGGGACAGCUGCCUGCAUACCAUCAGGUGAUGCUCCCCCAAUACYCAGAGGACACAGACAAGAUGGCCAAGAUCCCUCCCACCCCUUCACAAUUGACCCCAAGCCUUGUGAAUGGGAUCCAUGGAAAUGACCUGAACCCUCCGAUUACCCACCAUGAACGCUACAGCUCACCCCCUGCUGGCUCAAAGAUGGCCGCUUGCCCUACCACACCAGUCAGCCCAUCCCAGUCCUCCUCUGUCAUUGUUACUAGACAGACUGUAGUCACCAUGGCAUCAGCCACUGUCACCACCAACAAUGGCCAGUCAGUCACCAUACCGGUUCGAGGCAUUGCCAAUGACCGGGGAGGCAUCACAUUUACCCUCAGUGUUGUGGGUCAGCCCAUUCCUCCACAGCAAGUCUCCAGCACCUCUACCCAGCAGCCCCAGAACCCAGUCACACACAGACCUCAGAGUAAGGGCUCCAUCUCACUGUUCCUCCGCAAGGUCUACCACCUGGUGAGCAUGCGUCUGAGGGACAUCUGUGUUAAACUGGACAUCUGUGAGGCGCUGCGGCUGAAGAUCUGGACCUGCGUUGAACACUCCUUGGUCCACUGCACUGACCUCAUGCUAGACCGACACCUGGACCAAAUACUCAUGUGUGCCAUCUAUGUCAUGGCCAAGGUAGCACUAUUUGCUUUUCMUCUAGASYUUUUGCUAUACUUCCUUAAUGCAGAUGGUUUUAUGACUUGGGUGAUCGACAGCAAGGCAUUCAGCCUUCUAUACUUCUUCAGCUGUGUAUUGAUGAUAAUAAUGUAUUAUAAUACCUUAAUUUCCAUGUUUAUGCUGUGUGUUGCUYGUGCAGGUAACCAAMGUKGACAUGCCCUUCAAGCUCAUCAUGCAGYKCUACAAGACUCAGCCUCAAGCAAGSAACUGUGUAAGGAGAUAAAUGUUUUGCUUGCUUUUGUGUGUGUAAGUGAGUUAAAUCCAKCUUGUUUGUUAUUGUGUAGUUGAUKAAGUCUGUAUUGUCCUCCUGUCAGGUAUUCAGAAGUGUUCUGAUCUCAGGGAGAAACACCAAGACCUCACAAAACUCUCCUGGUGGAUCCAACAGAGAAAACAUUGAUGUAGACCCCAGCAGUAGCUUGCUUACAUACCAGAGCCCUCCCACCCAUCCUACAGGACCCAGAGCUCCCUGUAGACAGGACCAGGGGGAGAGAAGACACCUCAUCUAUUUCUACAACACCGUCUAUGUCAAACAGAUGAAAGACUUUGCCCUGCGCUACAACUCCAGCUCUCUGACCAUAGCCGGGGUUGAAACCCCUCCCCUUUCGCCAUACCCCUGCCAGUGUAUUGGAUCCUUGCGCAGACUCCGCCCCUCAAACCACCAUUCCCUCUACAUCUCCCCCCACAAGCCCAGCACUCACUCCUCCCCCCGCACUGGGUUCCUCUACUACAUCAGCAGAAGCCCCUCAAAGCGUCUGAGAGAGAUCAAUGACAUGAUGAGGACAUUUCAGUCACGCACCAGGAAGCRCUGUGCAGCCCAGCUGCAGGAGGAUGGUGGGCCGCUUGYGAAGAGACCCUGUCAGGAUAGACCGUCAGACUGGCAGAGAAAGCUCAGGGACCUCGGCCAGGACAGGGCCAGGGCCCAGAACCAGCAACAAUCCCAGACCAGGGCCAAGGCACAGCACCAAGCAACAGCACACAAGGGGACACAUUGAUGACAUCUCACUUUCUUUGACUUACCGUCAUGCUUCAUACUUCCAUCAUCAGUGUCUGUGGUCCAUAUUCUUCCAAUGAGUGUAGACCUGCAAAGAGAAUGGAUGCUGUGGAUCUACAAUGUUAGAAAGAAUUGGCAUCAUUAGCACUCAGUGAAGUUCUCUUAGCAAGCAAUGUUCAUGAUUAGAAAAGCUGAUUUGUAAUAAUAAAUAGGGUAUUGUAAUAAUCUGAGGGUAACUAGGGCUCUGUAUCAAAUAUCAUAUUAUACAUAUCAUAUACACUAUAUAUUUCAACAUUUUAGUCCUCUGUGAACCAUGUCCUAGUUACCUAAGGAAGCAGUAAAGGAUUUGUGUUGGUACUGA